UUGCAGACACGCCUUCUUCUCACACAAACCUUACCCAGCCCCGCCGCCGCGGCGGACUCCGAGGGUGGUGCCACCAGCCCUGCCACUCGCAGUCCUGACGUGCAGGGGCUGCGGACCGCCCGGCCUUGGACCCAUCCGGAGCCACAGGUUGGAGGAGAUAAGUAGCUGUCCCCGUGCUCAUCGCCCUGUGGAGCAGAUCCUGUCUCCUUGCUGACGGUGGAGCCCGGGAGUUCCAGGGCUUGGGAAGGGGAAGGAAACCUCUCUGAAAUCUGACACCUGCUCUCCCGGCAAGGAAACUUCGCAGGCUGACCGACCAAGACCAUCACUAUGACCGAUGGAGACUAUGAUUAUCUGAUCAAACUCCUGGCCCUCGGGGAUUCAGGGGUGGGGAAGACAACAUUUCUUUAUAGAUACACAGAUAACAAAUUCAAUCCCAAAUUCAUCACUACAGUAGGAAUAGACUUUCGGGAAAAACGUGUGGUUUAUAAUGCACAAGGACCAAAUGGAUCUUCAGGGAAAGCAUUUAAAGUGCAUCUUCAGCUUUGGGACACUGCGGGACAAGAGCGGUUCCGGAGUCUCACCACUGCAUUUUUCAGAGACGCCAUGGGCUUCCUAUUAAUGUUUGACCUCACCAGUCAACAGAGCUUCUUAAAUGUCAGAAACUGGAUGAGCCAACUGCAAGCAAAUGCUUAUUGUGAAAAUCCAGAUAUAGUAUUAAUUGGCAACAAGGCAGACCUACCAGAUCAGAGGGAAGUCAAUGAACGGCAAGCUCGGGAACUGGCUGACAAAUAUGGCAUACCAUAUUUUGAAACAAGUGCAGCAACUGGACAGAAUGUGGAGAAAGCUGUAGAAACCCUUUUGGACUUAAUCAUGAAGCGAAUGGAACAGUGUGUGGAGAAGACACAAAUCCCUGAUACUGUCAAUGGUGGAAAUUCUGGAAACUUGGAUGGGGAAAAGCCACCAGAGAAGAAAUGUAUCUGCUAGACUUUACAUAGAAACUGAACAUCAAGAACCCCACCAAAAUAUUACUUUUAUAAACAAUGACAAACCACACAAUUGUUGUUGAGUAAACCACGCACAAUGGCAUGUCUUUCUUUUUCUGCCAGAAAAUCUAUUUUAAGAAACCAGAAUAGUCAACAGUGUUCAAAAGAAUUGACUAGUUAUCCCUGAGGCCCUUUCAAACAUGAUCAAAGAUUUCCCAAUGUGAUCUCAUCAUCAUGGAUACUCAAUUUGUUUUUUCUUAUAGAGAAAAUGAGUAUAUAAGACAAUAUACAAGAAGAAAUAUCAGUGAGUUUUAAAUCAGAACAAGUUACCUGUCACAUUGAAGAAAAGGGAGGCACUAAAGGGAGAACACAGAAAGAAGAAUUUCUAAACUAUUGGAUUUACUUCAUAUUGAGUCAGAUGCAUACUUUUAGAUUUGCACUGGGGAAAAUGUACUAGCUAAAAAUGGAUACACAAUGAAGAAUUCUAUUUGGCUAAUUAAGAAUGAUCUACUAUGUACACCCAAUAAGCUGUACUAGAAUGAAUAAAUUACUGAUAAGGUUACAAAUAGGUAAAUGUCACACUUCUGUUAAAAUGCAGGAGAUAGUGUCAUAAUGCCGUCUUUAUAUUCUUAAUAAAUAGCACUUUGACAAGAACAGGACUGUAAAUGACAAAGUACAAGACAAAUACCCUGGGAAAAAAAAUGAAAGUAUGAGAAAUUGGCAUUUGUACAGCUGAAAUUCAAUGUAUCUGUUAAAGAUGUCUGGAAGGGUUACUUAGCCAAAUUUUACUCAAGCCAAUUAGGAGCUGACAUUAUCAGUUGGAAUUAAGAGAACUCCAGAGGUUUCCAUUUCAAACAAAAUUUUAGAAAUUGGUUUGGUGUUCAGCUUCACAUUUCAUUUUUUCUUAGCACAUAUUGAUAAAAUAGUCACAAGGAGAAAUUAACAGUUACGGUUUAUUAAAUCUCUUUUAAAAUGCAGUCAAGGAAAACUAGCCUUGAAUUUUUUUUAGAUAAAAUAUUAUGGUGAUAUGAAACAAAAAUUGGCAAUUAUUGCAGGUUUCCUUUUAGUUUACAAAAGUACUGGAAACUAAAUCAUAUUUCUUCCCUCCAAAUUUCACCCAUUCCUUACUUUGAAUCAAUUGCAGAAAUGCAGGUGUGUUACUUUGUUGAUCAAUAACUUUGGAACAAUUAUGGAUCAAUUCUAUGGUCACUCUGAAUUUUCAUGUCAUUAAUCACAUAAAAAUUGAUAAUACCUCAUUCUGUAUUACAAUAUGAUUUUAUUUUGCCAAAGGCAAGACACCUAUAGUUGAGCUGUAUUUGGGGGAUUGGGUGAGGAAGGAUCUCUAUCUUAUCUCAACAAAAAACUGGCCAGUAUUUUUGUUAAUGUAAAGCUUCCUUUUCUUUCUAAAAAAUAGUAACAAAAUUAUUUUUCAUUGGCCUAUUCUGUUCUUGUGUCUAAACUAACAUUACAUUAAUUUUUAAUCUUAGUUUCUGAUAAACACAAGCCAUUCCUAUCAAAAUAUUAUUUAUUUCAGUCAAUUUUACCAAAUAACAAAGACAAUAUAUUUUCGUUUUUUUUUUAUUAUGAGCGUAUGAUUUUUUGACAGGCUGUUUCCUCAUCGUAUAAAUUUUUUCCAAUCAAACCUACUUUUUUCAUACUCUGUGCAUAUUUUUUGUGAAGUUAUACACAUUGAAGACCCUAAAAAUCCCAGUCCAUCAUUCAGCUUACCUCUGCGAACUUCUAUCUGGUAUUGAAUCAGUUUCAGAAACACAGACAGAUCCAAGGAAAUGUCUCUUUGUAAUGUUCUUAGGAUGGACUAGACCCAUAAAUGUGCCAUGAAUCAAAAUAUUAAUAAUUUGAAAGCUUUCAUGCUGUUAGCCCCUGAUGAAACUCUCAGCAUUAACUGGCCAGCUCCUCUGAUUUCUGCAGCAUCGCAACAGGUUCUAAGAUGGGUUGUGGCUGGGUAUUCCCUCCCAUGGUGUUUCCUCUGGGAUGCUCUUCAUUAUCUCAAUGCCUGUGCCAUGAAGAUAGAAAACUGUAAGCUAACAUUUAAGAUGUUUCUUCUGGAAGGAAAGUGAGCAGGAACAAGUUAUAUUGCCACUGCUGUGGCAAAUUUUGGUGAACUUUUGGGGUCAUUAUAUCAAUUUUUUCUUUGGAUUCAAAUUGUAAUGUCCUCUGCAUUUCCUUAAUAGGGAAUGUGAAGCCUUUAUAAAACUCUAAAAGUAUUCUGUUUUGAUAUGUCUUUUUGUUUCUAUUCGUUUUCAGUUGUAUGAUUGAUUUACUUAUGCCAAGAUUCUGUCACUGUCAGUUAUUUAAUGAGUGUUUUUUCAGGAUCUGUUUUAAGAUCAUUAUUUGAUAGCUGUAGCAUGAAGCAGAGGUUGAUGAUGCCCAUAAUUGCAAGACUAUUCCUGUAAAAAUAACAAUUAUUGGGUAAUAAUUUCAAGAGGAAUGAGAAGUGACAAAAUUGAUUUAAAAUAUUGUUCUACUUAUAAAUAAAUGCUUGAUCUAAAAAAAAAUUUUCUGCAUAAAGUUUGACAUCUGACCCCAGAUUCUAUGUAAUCAUUAUUAGAAAUUCCUUCUCUCAUUAUUUCAGGAUUAGUAGUUCUGUGUAAUUCAUUUUACAAUUUCAAAUUGUUCUCGUGCCAUAAAGUAUACAGACUACUUUAAAGAUUUCCAAAUCCCCUAAUUUACCCCACAACAGCAUGUAAUUUUAGCCAAGAUAUGUCCUGUUACUAAGUAUCUCCCAAUGCUUUAGUAAAACGUAUUUAGGAGAAAUGUUGAAAAUGUACAUGAAGCUCCUUUCUGAUAUAGAAACCAUUUCUGGAGUAUUUACACUGGUUUGAUGUUUACAUUGCUCUAACUCGGUGCCUCAGAUACCUCUGUGACCAAAUUUGUCUCCAACCGCAUAGCUCAUUUCCUAUAAUGUUAUAUCAUAGGAAGCCCUCACAGAGACACUAACACAGCUAAAGAUCUUCUGAUAUUAUCAGCAAGGGAUGCAAGGACUUUAUUGGAAUCUGGAGAGUUUAACCGCCUUCUCUUGGUCUCCUCACUUACUUCUUAUGAAGUUGGCAUUACCUGAGACUCUUAGCUGUGAUUAGGUACAAGCUUACCUUUUAGGGUAGAAAAAGAAAGAUCCUUUGAAAAAUGUAUCUAAAAUAAUCCAGAGAACAUAAUGUUUGUCUUGGUCUGAUAAUGAUAAGAAGUCAAGGAUUGGCAGAGAAAAUACUAAACGCCAAGAGUUGAGCCUGUGGGUCUCUCCGUAAGAGUUUUAAAACUCUUGCCAGUUACCACUUUAUCCAAUUUGCUAUCAUUUUCGUAUUAUCAGCUAUCGCCCUGUAAAAUAUUCAAAACCAGCUAUUUCUAAAGUAAACAUUUUAUCUGUUACUUUUAACCAGAUAGGUGUCUUUGUCAUCCUUCUACUAUAAAUUAUUCUUUGCCAACCUGUACAGGUAGAUGAACCAGGCGAGAGUUUUAAUCAGCCUUUUCUUGUCCCCUUUGUAAGAAAGAGAUGCUUGCCAUAGAGAAGGACAUGAGUACAUUAAAAAUAAUUUCAUAGCCACAAUAUGAUGUUCUUUAAGCUGCAAAUUGAGUACACUGGGAAUCAACAAAUUUGAUGAAGCCUGUCUGUCUCUUCCCCAGUGGAGUGAGUGCAGCAGUCAGAAAGAGAAGCAAUAUUGUGCAACUGGUGCAGUGGUGAGUUAAUCAUAGUGUAUAACCUUGUGUUCAUGAAACAGGUUGUUCAUUGUUCUGCAUCUCUCUCCAUUUAAAAAGGGCACACAAUUCUUUCCUCAUUGCAUAUUACACCAAACGUUUGAGGGAAAAAUCCUCAUUCGUAAAGGAUUUUGGAUUUAUAAUCUAAAACUCAACAAUAAAGAAAUAAUAUUCCAAGUCUCUGGUUUCCUAAGAUACAUAAUAACUGUUUAUAAAGAAGAUCUGAGAGCUGAUAUUUGCCAAAGUGAUAGAAGAGUUGUUUUUUCCUCUCUACUACCAAGCUUUAAGACAUUAAAAGAAGUCUAGUGUAUUUGAAUAUUUUAGAGAAAGCUUUAUCAUUUUUUAAGAUGCCAAGAUGCUGCCUACGUUUGCAAAAGUUGUCUAAGAAUUUACCGUGAGCUAUAUUUUCUUCUGGAUCUUUGACCAAGGUGAUGUCAGCUUAUUUCUGGGGAAGGUGUUGAGCUCUUACACAUGAAAAUGGAUAUAGGCUAUUAUCUGGGAUGAGUGUCAUUUCAAUGCUUUAUAAAUCCAUGAAGCUGCUUGUCUCCUAAAGUAGAACUGAUACAAAUUUUGGUUGGAUAUAUGGAGAAUUUUAUAAAUUUAUUGCCUUAGAAUUUCUGGGUGGAGACCCAACUACAAUGACAUUGUCAUGCAAGAACUAUAAAGAUAAUUAGAGUUAAAAGUUGUUUAAAUUGUGCACUUAAAUACAGCAGAACCUGGAGAAGGUCUUACUUCAAAGGUCGAUUUUGAGUCUGAAUAAAGAAAGACCUAGUAACAGAUAGUUUUUUUGUUGUUCAUUUUCUUCUACCAAGUAGAGGUUUAUGCCCUCAGAACUAAACUAGUAAAAAUAUCUGAACAAAAAACCUUUCGUUGUUGGCAUAAAAAUGUGGUACACUUAGAGACAUUUUGUUUAUUGCAUAUAAAUCUAAUUUUUCCAUAAAUUAGAUUUAUCAUAUUUUCAUAAAGCACUUGAUUAGUUUUUCAAGGCGUACCAUCACAAAGAUGCUUUCCUGCAGAGUUCUUUGUAUCAACAGCCUAUGGUUGAGAUAUUUUCUCAUUUCCUAUAUAGAGAGAAUAUCACUAACAAACAAGCAAAAACUUUAGUACCAAAAUAGUGGAACUAUUUUGUCAUCUUUUGAGAAAAAAAUAUACAAAGAAGUCAUCUUUUCAUUAAGUGGAUUCCCUGGUUCCUUUCCAGCUGGUUGUGGAAGUAAUGGCUAACAUCCCUCAGCUGACUUUGUCUACAAGGAUUAUUAGCAAAUUCUGUAGGAGCAAGCAUGUCUGACCUUAACUUAAUGGAUCCCUUAUUCAAUCAGUGGCUUCUGUCUUUAUGUCUGUUGGCAUAUCAAAAUGGUUUCUGUUCCUAGAAAAGUAAUAACAUAUGCUUAUCUUUAUUCUUUUUCCAGGUGAUUUUGUUUUCAAAUGCUCUUUGCGAAAACACCUAGUGUUGUAGAAAGGAAAGUGGCCAGAAAGAACAACUUGGGACCAUGAGUAGGUCAUUAAAUAGCUUAGUGAUUUAUCCUCAUAUAGGGCUUAUAAACCCUGUAUGUGUUUAUAUGUGCUUCACAGAGUUCGUGUCAGGCUCAAAGGAGAUAUGUAUAAGAAAGUGGUUUGCAAAUUAUGUUCCAUUUCAUAAAUAGACACUAUUCACAAACUAAAAUAUAAUAAAAAACCACAGUUGUAGUUUAAACUGCUUGAUAUAAAAAGAGGUAUCAUAGCAGGGAAAACACACUAAUUUUCGUACAGUAGAGGUAUUGAAAACUGAAAAUGGGAAGGCAACUUGAAGUCAUUGUAUUUGAUUGAAAAUGUUUAAUACAUCUCAUUAUUGACAAAAUAUGUCAUCUUGUAUUUAUUUCAAGGAAACCAAUGAAUUCUAGGUAGUAUAUUACAAGUUGGUCAAAAUAUUCCAUGUACAGAUAGGGCUUCUGUGUCCAUAGCCUUGUAAGAGAUACUGAUUGUAUCUGAAAUUAUUUUUUAAAAAAAUAAAUUAUCCUGCUUUAGUUAGUGUGUUAAAAGUAGACGAUGUUCUAAUAUAACACUGACGUGCUUCAUUGUAUCCCAACAGUUUACCUUCAAGUAAUAUUAUCUUUAUUUUUAGGCUAAGCACGUUUGAUUAUUUUGUCUGUCUCCUAUAUAGAUCUGUUUUGUCUAGUGCUAUGAAUGUAACUUAAAACUAUAAACAUGAAGUUUUUAUUCUAUAUGCCCCUUAAUAGACUGUGGUUCCUGACGCACACUGUUAGGUCAUUAUUUUGUUGUACCAAAGUUCUAGUGGCUUCAGAAAUCAUAGGAUCCAAUGAUUUUUUGGUGUCUGGGUAUGAAUACUAUGGUUGAGAAUUGUAUUCAGUGAUUGUUUCUGCACACUUUUCAAAUAAAAAAUGCAUUUUUAUCAAUUA